CCGUGGCUCUUGAGGCGCCUGAGGCGGGCGGCGAGGCGGCGACGAGUUCCGGGUGAGGGUCUCUGGGGUGUGAGCGGCGUUUCGCGGGCGAAGCGAAGGAGAGCUCUGGACGGAGAGGGUCAACUCACUAUCUGAAAGUACAUCCUCCCAAGAAGGGACCGAAAGAAAGACCUGUUUGUAAGAAAAGCUUGGGUAUCCCAUGAACGAGACAGAAGAAAACCGGUUGCGGUGCAGCAGGACUCCAGAGCCAGAUAUAAGGCUCAGAAGAGGGCACCAACCUGAUGAUUCAAGGAGAAGUAAUAAUGAAGACCUCCAAGGAGGGAACUUGAAGCCCCUUCUAGAGGCACCUGUUCUUGCUUCUCAUCGGAACAAAAGUUCUGAGGAACACGAGUGCAAUGAUGAAGCCUCUCAGGAAGAUGAGAGGUUUAUGGGCAUGUCCCCUCUCUUACAAGCCCAUCAUGCCAUGGAGAGAAUGGAAGAGUUCGUUUGUAAGGUAUGGGAAGGUCGAUGGCGAGUAAUCCCUCAUGAUGUUCUUCCCGACUGGCUCAAGGAUAACGACUUCCUUCUCCAUGGACACCGGCCCCCUAUGCCUUCUUUCCGGGCCUGUUUCAAGAGCAUUUUCAGAAUACACACAGAGACGGGCAACAUCUGGACACAUCUCUUAGGUUGUGUAUUCUUCCUGUGCCUGGGGAUCUUUUAUAUGUUUCGCCCAAACAUCUCUUUUGUGGCCCCUCUACAAGAGAAGGUGGUCUUUGGAUUAUUCUUCUUGGGGGCUAUUCUCUGCCUUUCUUUCUCAUGGCUCUUCCACACAGUCUACUGCCACUCAGAAGGGGUCUCCCGGCUCUUCUCUAAACUAGACUACUCUGGUAUUGCUCUUCUGAUUAUGGGAAGUUUUGUUCCUUGGCUUUAUUAUUCCUUCUACUGUAAUCCACAACCUUGCUUCAUCUAUUUGAUUGUCAUCUGUGUGCUGGGUAUCGCAGCCAUCAUCGUCUCCCAGUGGGACAUGUUUGCCACUCCUGAGUACCGGGGAGUGAGAGCAGGAGUGUUUCUGGGCCUGGGCCUGAGUGGAAUCAUUCCUACUUUGCACUAUGUCAUCUCGGAGGGCUUCCUGAAGGCUGCCACCAUCGGCCAGAUCGGCUGGUUGAUGCUGAUGGCCAGCCUGUACAUCACAGGCGCCGCCUUGUAUGCUGCCCGGAUCCCGGAACGGUUUUUUCCUGGCAAGUGUGACAUCUGGUUUCACUCUCAUCAGCUGUUUCACAUCUUUGUGGUUGCUGGAGCUUUCGUUCAUUUCCACGGCGUCUCCAACCUCCAGGAGUUCCGGUACAUGAUCGGAGGGGGCUGCAGUGAAGAGGGUGCGCUGUGAUACUGACUAGUGGCCAGGGACCGACCCUGCCUCAGGGCCCGCAGCACCUGCAGGCCUCCUUUCUGGUCCGUGAUGUCAGUACCAGAGGAGCCCCCAUACCUGGACAGCCUAGUGGGCUUUGUGAUGCCCCAGGGGCUCCAGGUGGUAUACGACUGACCAGAGGGGAAAUAAAUCAUACCUCAAGGAUGGACUGCAUCAGUCUGGAGAACAAGAGGAAUGGCCGAAACGAACACUGCCCUGGGGUGUACAGAUGGAGGGCUCUGCAAGACCCUGGGCAGACUGGCUUCUGAUGUGGCUCGUAUUUAUUGGUGGACAUGGGGAAACAGGCUCACUGGUGGUUCCCUUCUCUCCUGACACAGUAAUACAAACCAGUUUAGGUGAGCAUUUAUAUCCUAUUAAGGGGUGGGAGUGUGAUUUUAGAUGCUCUUUGGGGAGAACAAAGAAAUUAAUGUAAAUAAGAUUUCUAACUUACUGUUUAAAUAAGAAUUUAUAUAAAUGUUUAAAACAUAGGGACGAGGGAGGGAGGGAACAUUUUUGUAUAGGUUGAAACAUGCAAGUACCACACACUGUUUCAAUUUUGCACAAAGUAACGGAAGGAGGGUCAGGUGAUAGCCCCAGAAUGUAUAUUGCCUUGGUUCACCAAGGUGCCUUCCAAAGGCGGACAUAGCUUGGGCCCUAGUAGGCAGAGGGCGUAGCCCCAGCCUAGGGAAUCUUAUGAGCACUCUCACACCUGAGAGCUGAGACCUUUGGAAGUUUAUGAGGGAGAAGGAAGUAACGUGGUAUGUGUUUCCCAGUGGAAGUAGCAUGUAAGGGCUAACAGGAGUGAGAUGGUUAGGCUUUAGUGAAAGUACUGUUUGAGAGAUGAUUUAUUUUCUAGACCCUUUCUAGAGAGUAGAGCCACCUUCUCGGGAAGGUCAGUCAGUUGUGCUGGCAUCUGAGGGACAGUGUCAGGGACAGGGACGAUCUGAUUACUUGUUGGCGUCCUGUUGAAAGUUGUGCUCAUUCUGAUUGGUGGAGAGGCGUCCUGGUUUUCAGUGCCCCUACUAUGGUGGAACACAGUCAAAUCACUGCCCAGACCACCCUUCCUCCUGCAGUAUGAUCUGGCCUCUCCUUGGUAUCAUAGUCCUUGUCAUGGGCCAGCCACAAAAGGGAUUCUGACUUGGCCAGAUGCCUCUUGAACGGAUUAGCACAGGAAGGGAAACUCUCACUUUGGCACAUAGAACAGAUGGGCUUUGCUUCUGGUCAGCUGUUCUCUUGAACAAGAGAACCAGCAGGAUUGUUGUAAAGCAGAGUCCAGCGCCCAUCAUGGAGCAGAGGGAGCGUGCUGGAAGGUUGUGGGUGGUGUGGCCCAGUAUUCUAAUAGAAUCCUUAAGGCCAUGUCCUUGAAGAGCAGUAGGAAACAGGAUGACUCACCUCCCAGAGGAUGUCAAUGGUGUCAAGGAGAGUGGCAAGGGAGAGUUCUGAUCUCGGCUCACAGGAGGGCAGACUCCUAAAAUAGCACCGAGUCUCCAGUUGCUCACGUGCGAGGGUCUGGGUGAGUAAGCCAUGUCCCGGAGCUGCUGGGUGUGAGCACGGACGGCGCCACUCCAGGCAUGAGGGCUGAGGGUUUGAGACCAGGGAAGGGUCUUGACCGUAUUAAGGAUGGGAUUUUCUCCGUUUAGUUUUCUCCCCUCCUUUUCUAAUCUCCAGCAAAAGCUGAGAACCAGGAAGAAAGCAUUCACAGUAGAAUUUAAGAGUAUUUUGGUCCCAAUAAGGUCACUGCCCUGGGUGCUAGGUGGAGUGAGCACAAGGCUCUGGGUGAACUGGUGUAGUAGCUGACAAAAUUAAGAACAGUAUUAAUAUAGCUGAGGAAACGGUCCACAGGACAGUGGCUACCAGGAAGAAUGCUCACUUAGUGUCAUGGGAGCAAUAGUCCCUAUCAGAGGUAGACCUGCUCUCCGGGGCUGCACUUUGGGACCCCGUAUGUGAUGCAUCCCUGUAGGACGCCAGCAGAGAUAGCAGACUCCGGUCCCAGGCCCCCCACCCCCCACAGGAGGAGCAGAAUCUGGUUCAGCACAGCACAAACCCUUAGGAAAAAUGAACUUAACACCACCAGUGCAUAAUCCAGUAAAACCUCCCUCUGCUAGGGUGUGAGAGCAAACCCUUGUGUAUGUGUCCAUUUCUGUAUGUGUGUCUGCGUGCAACUCACGACCAGCAGCCUCACCGUGCACUGGUCUGACAGUGCUAGCUGAGAACUCUCACCAGGUUGGCGCCUGAAUGCCUUACUCUCAGCAGUCAGAGGCUUGCUUGCUCUGUGCACAUUUUUAAUUGUUUUCUUUUGGCCAUAGGCUGGUUUGGACUUUCACAGCUUCCUUCUUUUCACCAUUAAACAGUGGCCUUUUUCAGUAUUUCCCCCUUCCCCUUUAUAAAUUGCUGAAGCCACAAAGCACAUUGGGGUGGGGGGAGGGGUGUCAUAGAUUUGGGUUCCGGAGGGUUGUCUGUGUGAUGGCCCCAUUCACCGUGGGAUUUCUCUACUUGCUGUCUUCUCAACUUCUUCUAAUAAAAAGAACCAAACGGA